UGCAGGAGUUUAAAGUGGAGGUGAGAGGAGGAACAUUUCACUCAAGAGAAGUCAGGAAAGUCAUGAUCAAAGUCUAUAAACCAAUGACAUUUGUCCAAACUGAUAAACCAAUCUACCUCCCCGGGCAAACAGGUAACCUUGAGCUGAUGAUCUAUGGUUAUGUAAAUGCUUACUAUGUAAAUCAGUAAAGAGAUUGAUUUCCACUACUAAAAACAAGCACAGCAGCAAGCAAGACAGGGGUUUUAACAUUACUGUACAUGAGAUGUAAAAUGUUUCUGAAUUUAUCUUAAAGUUCAUUUUAGAGUCAUCACACUGGACACCAAAUUCCGACCUACUAACCAGGUGGUGAGUGUUUGAACAGCCUUUAUUUCCUUUAGAAUACCAUAAAACAGUAUUAGUUAUUUAUGUAACAAUAGUGCUGCUUAUAAUUUGUGCACCAGUGAAAUAUGGUACACAAAAGCCAGUGGAGUCAAACAGGACAUAAUAUGUCCAUAGUCUUACAGCUCUUUCUGCAAGCUCAAUAAUACAACUAACCAUUGUGAGGUAAAACUUUGUAAUUGUUUUCAUACUGUUUUAUUAUUUUUUGCAGUACAAUACCAUCGCCCUCAUGGUAAGAAAGACUCAGUUUCUUUUAUAAAUUCAUUACAUAUAGACAGUAAGGUAGCAUGCAUAUAUACAGCGAUCAGGCACCUGUUAAUGGACAGGAUAUAAUAGGCAGUAAGUGAACAUUUUGUCCUCAAACUUGAUGUGUUAGAAGCAAGAACAAAAUGUGUGUGGAAUAAGGAACAGAGAUGGCUAAAGCUCAUUGAUGCAUGAAUGGAGCGAAGGCUGGCCCAUGUGGUUCCAUCCAACAGAUGAGUGACUGGAGCUCAAAUUGCUGAAGAAACUGGUUAUAAUAGGAAGGUGUCAGAAUACAUAGUGCAUGGCAGUUUGUAGCUGAGACCACAGACCAGUCCACCAUGAAAAGCACCAGCAAAGGGCACGUGAGCAUCAGAACUGGAUUAUGGAGCAAUGGAAGAAGGUGGUCUGGUCUGAUUAACUAUGUUUUCUUUUACAUUAUGUAGAUGACUGGGUACGGUUAACUGGGGAACACAUGGGGAUCAUUGGGCAAUGAUCUGCUGGGAAGCCUGGGAUCUUGCUGCAGUCCCGAAGCCAGACGCACAGUCGUCCAUAUGAACCCAGGUCUUCAAAGCAAUUCCUAUGACACACUCCGUCUGCAGUCCAAAGACCUCACGUUCCCCAGGAGUACAGAUGGCACCGCUGACCUUUACCUCCCUCUUCGCUCCUCCACCGCCAAAUUCAGCCAGGCAUCCCCAGUGCUUCUUCUGAAGUUCAGGGGAAUCUCAGGCCUUCCUCCGGGUAGCUCAGGGGAUACAGACAGCACUAGCAGUGGCCGCCUGGAAGACACGGAUGGACCCAACACUCCAUCAAACUCCAUAGCCAACACCACAGUCAAAAACAAAAUAAAAGCAGCACAAAAAGACAAAUACGACCAGAAACUAUGUUGAUUGGUUCAAGGCACAGAAAAAAAGAGCAAGGCAAUCUGAAAGAGUGGCAGCAUUUCACUCUUUCACAUUUCUGAAUGUGAAAAAAUAAUGGAAAUGGAAAUGGUAUUCCCUGAUGACUGUGGCCUCUUUCGGCAGGAUAAUGGCCUCCAAAUUCCCCAGAUCUCAGUCCAAUCGAGCAUGUAUGGGAUGUGCUGGAUAAACAAAUCCGAUCUAUUGGAGGCCCCACGUCAAAAAUUACAGGACCUGCUAACAUUUUGAUGCCAGAUACUGCAGUCUACCCUCAGAGGUCAAGAGGCUUAAUACAUGCUUCAAUCGUUGAGGGCUUUUUUGUCAGCUAAUGGAGGCCUAACACAAUAUUAGGAAGGAUCCUAACAACACAAUUGGACAAUGGCUCAAUGAAACAUCCAAUGGUAAAAUACUGCAGCUUUCCUACUCCUUGAACUCUGAGGCCAAAGAGGGAGAUUACCAAGUCAUUGUGUCAGUGGGUGAGGAUAAAAUAAAUCACUAUUUGAAGGUUGAAAAAUAUGUUUUGCCCAAAUUUGAUGUGAAAAUAAAUGGAAGUGAACAAGUAAGCAUUGGGCAGGAAGAAAUCGAUGCUGAAAUAUGUGCAAAGUACACUUUUGGACAGCCUGUCCCAGGAAGUGUUACAGUUGAGAUGUGCCGACCUCUUCGCAAGGAUGUGUAUAGUGAACGUGUUACUCUAGAUGAGAUAAUUGCCCCAUGCCACACAGAGACAAAGCAGGCAGACGAGACAGGCUGUACCACUUUUACCUUCAAGAUGUCAACUUUUAUUAAAAUUGACCCAAGGGAAGUGCAAAACAAAUUAGAAGUCACUGCCGAAGUGGAAGAGGAAGGGACAGAGAUUUCAUACUUAGCACAAGAAGACAUAAAAUUUUCAUAUGUUCUUGGAAAGCUGUCUUUCAUUGACACACCCAAGAUUUACACCAAAGGUUCAAAUGUGGAAGGAAAAGUUAAAGCCAUUCACUACAAUAAUACACCCAUUCCUGACAUACCAGUGUACCUGUUUGAGGGUGAAAGGUGGUCGCCACGUUUGCUACAGAAUCUCACAACUGACAGCAGCGGUGUCGCCACAUUCACAUUAAGCACAGAUGACUUCAGCGGAGAUGUUAAACUUCAUAUAAGUAAAAAACCAUCACUGAAGUAUCCCAAAUACAGAACUGCUUUCUACGAGAGUGGAGUUCACACUCUGUCGCUGUCCGAACCCUCCUCUCCUCUUGCUAAAACUGUCAGCUCCCUGGAGGUGAAGAAGCAGGAUGAACCACUUCCAUGUGACACAGAAGUGGACAUCUCUGUCCAAUACACUAUAGUGGGAGAAGCUCAGGGCUCUGUGGAUGUGAUGUAUCUGGCCUUGUCCAGAGGAGCUAUUAUCACACAAGAUGUUAAACAGAUUCAAGUGAAUGCUGAAGCAGUGAAUGAGGGCGAGGUGUCCUUUAAGCUCAGAGUGUCUCCAGAGAUGGCACCAGAAGUCCAACUUGUUGCGUACUCUGUUCUCCCCAGUGACAAUGUGAUCGCCCACCAUGCUGACUUCUCCACUGAGAAAUGCUUCAGUAAUAAGGUGUCGCUGGAGUUCUCACCCUCUUCAGCUGUCCCAGGAGAGGAGAUCACCAUGCAGAUAACAGCCCAGCCAGACUCUCUGUGCGGUGUGAGUGCCAUUGACCAGAGUGUCCUCAUUGAAGAGCCAGGAAAGACUCUGGAUGCAGACAAGAUAUUUGCCUUGCUGCCUAUUGAAAAAGAAUCCGAAGUACCACAUGAAAUUCAAGAUCCUACAGAAUGUUUGCAUGUGAGACCAAGGAGAUACAUUAUGCCAUAUCCAAGUGGAAUAAAAGACUAUGUCCAUGCAAUCUUUGAGAAUGUAGGACUUAAGAUGGCAACAAACAUGUUAAUCCGAAUGCCUGCAUGCGUUGAGUACAAAGGAGAGAAAUACCUUCAUAGCCGCUAUGUUAACCGUCACAUUUAUGGACCAACUACAGACAGAACGAGAAGCUCUGUCAGGAGAGUUUUAACAUCCCCCGCUGUUGCUCCUCCGCCAGUGGAGACAGUCCGCACGUUUUUCCCUGAGACUUGGAUAUGGAACCUUAUUGAAGUUGGAGAGUCUGGAAGAAAGGAUGUGCCCCUCACCGUACCAGACACCAUCACCACCUGGGAGACAGAGACUUUUUGUUUGUCCCCUCAGGGUUUUGGUUUGGCUCCUCGUAAAGAGAUCACCGUCUUCCAGCCCUUCUUCCUUGAGCUCUCCCUGCCCUACUCCAUUGUCCGUGGAGAACAGUUUGAACUGAAGGCAACUGUCUUCAACUACCUGACCAGCUGCCUCAUGCUCACUGUGACUCCUGCACUUUCACUGGAUUACACCCUCACUCCUCUCUCUGGUGACCUGUACACAUCCUGUUUGUGUGGCAAUGAGCGUAAGACUCUCAGCUGGACCAUGAUCCCUUUAACCUUAGGGGUUGUGAAUGUGACUGUCACUGCAGAGGCUUUGGUAUCCCACAUCUCAUGUGAAAAUGAGAUUGUCACUGUACCAGAGAGAGGUCGCAUUGAUGUGGUCACAAAGUCUCUGAUAAUAAAGGCUGAGGGAACUGAGAUGACAAAGACGUACAACUGGCUACUCUGUCCAAAAGGAGACACUUUGACUGAAGCGACAGAGAUUCAGCUCCCUGAGAAUGUGAUUGAUGGAUCUGCUCGUGCUUCAGUGUCAGUCCUGGGUGACAUCCUUGCAAGGGCCCUGAAGAACCCGGAAGGACUGCUACAGAUGCCAUAUGGAUGUGGAGAGCAGAACAUGGCACUCUUGGCCCCCAGCAUCUACAUCCUCCAAUAUCUGAAAGACACACAGCAGCUGACACCAACUAUCAAAGAAGUGGCUACCUACUUCCUCACCAGAGGCUAUCAGAGACAGCUAAACUACAAAGACAUCCACGGUGCCUACAGCACAUUUGUGGGAGGAGUCGGGAACACAUGGCUGACUGCUUUUGUCCUGAGAGCUUUUACCAAAGCUCAGUCUUUCAUCUACAUUGAUCCAGAAAUCCUGAUACAGUCUAAGACGUGGCUCAACCUUAAGCAACAGGAAAAUGGUUGUUUCAGAAAAUCAGGAAAACUUUUCAACAAUGCAAUAAAGGGUGGUGUGUCUGAUGAAGUGACUCUCAGUGCGUAUAUCACUGCUGCCUUUUUGGAAAUGAAUAUGUCUGCAAGCGAUCCUGUGGUGAACAAGAGCCUGUCGUGUCUCAGAGAGUCCAUCACUUCCCUUACUAACACCUACACUACAGCUCUGAUGGCAUACGUCUUCACCCUGGCAGGAGACAUGGAGACCCGCUCUCACCUUCUGCAACAUCUAGACAAGAUUGCAGUAAAACAAGAUGGAUUUAUCUACUGGACCCAGACAGCAACAGAAUUUUCACCCUCUCUUUCUGUGGAGAUCAGCUCCUAUGUGCUUAUGGCCAAACUGGGUGCCUCCCCUACAGCUGAAGACGUGGGAUACACCUCCAGCAUCAUCAAGUGGCUGAUAGGGCAGCAGAACGAAGAAGGAGGUUUUGAAUCUACACAGGACACAGUGGUGGCUCUUCAGGCUCUGGCUCUCUACUCCACCCUGUUGUUCAGUCCUGGGGGUUCAAGCACAGUGACAGUGCAGGGCCCCAGUGACCAGCUGACAUUUGAUGUCAAUCCAAACAACAAACUGCUCUACCAGGAGAAGACACUGCGGGAUGUGAGAGGAAAGUACAGCGUGGAGGUGAAGGGCACUGCAUGUGCUGCAGCACAGAUAUCUCUUCACUACAACAUCCCAACUCCUGCUGAUGUCACCACUCUCAGUGUAGAAGUGAAACCACAGGCCAACUGUACUCGCACAGCUAAAAGACCAAAGCUCACUCUGAAGCUCAAGUGUCUGUAUACUGGAGAGGAGAGCAGUUCAGACAUGGUGAUCCUGGACAUCAAAAUUCUCUCUGGGUUCAUCCAUACCUCAAGGUCUCUGAAGAGGCUCAAAACUGCCCAGCUGGUGAAUCUUGUUGAACAAAAGGAAGAUCAUAUCCUGGUUUACUUCCAAGAGUUACCAAAGGACGUGCCCGUCACCCACAGCUUACUGCUCAGACAGGAGGUUCCAGUGGAGAACCUGAAGGCAGCUGUGGUCAAGAUUUAUGACUACUACGAGCCAAGUGACCAGGCUGAAACAGAAUAUAUCUACCCAUGUGCUACAGCUUGAAGAGAAGACUUCACUGAAUCAAGUACAACAUAUGCGUGUACUCAUAUUGUCUAUCGCUAUGUCUUUUUGUGUAACAUUUAACACCAACAAUUUUACAUGUACAGUGGAUAUACACAGUGUGAACAAAAUAAAUAUCAAACUGAAAUAAA